UUUCGAUUAUAAGAAAACAAAUUAGAUAGACAGAACUGUAGUUUGUAGACUGUAGAGUACAAAAGACUAGAAGAGUUAAGACUAAUAAUUUAUUAUUAUGUAUUAACUAAUACAUAAAAGCUAGUUAGCUUUUGUUACUUUAAUAAUUUUAAUUUUCCCAUUUGUAUAAGAACAAACCGUCGUACAGCUAGUAAUCCUAACAAAAUGGAUUAUGAAGACAGUUUUUUGAAGAAAUAUAAUAUUAUGAAAUUGGACGAGUACAUUGAGCUGUAUAAUAACCGUUCAACAGUCAAUAAAAAAAUUACUGAGAAUGUGAUCACUAAGCGUGAGUUGCUGUCGCAUUUUAGAGUAGAGUUGAGUUUGCUCAAUGCGUGUAAACUCAAAAUCAAAGAUGAGUUGGAGAAAACUCAUGAUGUUAUCGACACUCAAAUACUCGUCUUUUUGUGCAAUCAUGCUUUCAUCUUGUUUCGCAAUAUCCAUGUAUUUUUUUCCAUUGAAGAGGAUCUGUUAUCUCUGUUUAUCAACUUUUGUCAAGAUAAUGUAAGCUACAUAAAUGUAAAUCAGUUAGAUAUUUUGUUGGCUGUUGUUAUGCGUGUACCAAAUAAUCAAAAUAUUUGGAUACAACUAAUAAAGCUCCAUUUGACUAUAGACAGCUUCGAUCAUGAUAAGCUGAUGGUUGCUUUUAGCCAAGGUGUUCGUGCAUUAAAUGAUUCACUACCUUUAUGGAAGAUUUUAAUAAGAAAUUUGCGAUAUAGGCGUCCAGAAAUAGUUGAAACAUUACUUAAAGAAGCUACAAAAGGUACAGAAGAUUUUUAUGACGAAAAACUUUCUUUGGAAAUAAGACCUAAAUAUUUAGAAUGGUGCAUAGAGUUUAAAGACAUACAUGCUACUCGAGACCUAUUUAAUGAACUAAAAGACUUCAAGCCAGCAUGUCCUAAAUUGUAUUUAGUAAUGAUAGCCAUUGAACGUGAGGAACCAAAUUAUGAAUUAGAUACAGUAAGACAAUUGUAUGAAGAAGUAACCAAAUUGUGUGGCAACGAUAACGUUGAAGUGUGGAUUGAUUACAUACGUUUUGAACAAGAGUAUGGCAACAAGGGACUUAAACAAAAAAUUUAUUAUAAAGCAGUGUUUAACUUGCAAAGGCAAUUCCUUGAUACUUUAUUUGAACAACAUGAAAGUCUUGAACGUGAAUUUUGGACAGCUUUAAGUAAAGAAGUUAUAGUAGUUGAUGAUUGAAAUAUAUAUACAGAUAUAUAUAUAAAAAAAAAAUAAAUAGAUGUUUUAUUUAUUUAUACUGUAAGUGGGCCACUUCAUAAUUUUUAUAUGUAUUUAUAGAAUUUUGUUUGUAUUUAUAAAGCCGCUUAUUACAUAACGCAAGCAGUGUAAGACAGUGAAACUUCAAUUAAUGAUUUACUUUUAAAGAUUUCUAAAUAUAUAUUAUAUCAUCAUCACUGUUAUUGUAAAGCUGUCAUUUUCUCUGGUUCCUAUAGUGAUUGUAGUACAGGAGUAUCACUGUAGCAUAUAAAUAACAUAGUUAAUGACAAAAUAGUAAAUUUAUUUAUAGAAAGUUAAUGAUGAUCAGAUUUCUAUUAAUAUGAAUAUUAUAAAUUAAUAAUUAUAAUUUAAUAAUUUAAACUUAUUUGAACACUUUAUCUAAUUUUAUUUUAUUUUUAUUAUCAUAAUUAUCAUUUGUGCAAUAAUUAAAUUAAUAAUGCGAUUUUAAGGAAACUUAAUAUUGAAUUUAUAUUCCUAAUAAUCAGUGUCCGCAUAACCCUCAGCAGUAGUAUCCGCAUCUAAAUUAUUGUGUUCAUUGUCUUCUUUGUUGAAUGUGUCUGAACAGGCAUAACAGACACCAACAUCUUUCCAACACUGUUCGCAGUGUAUAUAAACGCACCCAAUGGUGUUGCAACCAUACUGUUUGCCGGCAAUCGUUUCUGGUUCGCCACAAAUCAGACAUUUUCGACGACCGCAUGCAAACCACACCAGCCAGCCGAAUACUGCCGGGAACUUUAAUCUCAACAUCAGAAAAAUGUCAAGAUCUUCCUGAAUAAUAAGAAUAAGUAAUGGACAUGAAAGAUAACGCGCAUAAUGAAUGACGUCCAACUUUGCUACGAAGAUGACGCAAUUCGAUGGUUAUGACUUACGUUUGAUUCUCGACUCACCUUUCCACCACCCCUAAAUCUAACGAAAUUGUCAAACAUUAUCGAGUGAUGCAGUUAAAACUUAUAAAAAACUUAUAAAUCGUUUAUGCAUUGAAAACCAAUUUCCCCCUGAAGUUGUCCGUUGAAUUGCGUCUGCAGUGGAUAACUGUUGUCUAGUCAACGCGGAUUUUUUUUCUACGGUACACGGGAAGUAGAUACAAACCGAUAAUUUGUUUUCGCGGGCCAAUUUCGACACCUUUUGCUUCAUGUACCUGAAGAACGCCGUUCGCUUCCUUAAUGUCUCGUUGUAUAGGUACAGCACGCGGCGCUUUUCUCUCUUUCGGAAGAAUACUGCGCAAAUCAGUCGUUUUAGCCGACCUGAAUAUCCGGCGAAUACGGUCAUGACGAACACCAGCAUUAACGUCCCGUAUAUCUUGUGCAGGUAAUACGCGUCCAACUUGUGUGGAUUCGGGAGACACACUGUAUACAAGUAUGUAAACGUAAAUAAUUUCAUUUCAGGAUAAUAUUCUGGUGAUAGGUAUAAUUAAAUUAUAAUAAUAUAUGUGUUUAUGACAAUAGUGUCCCUGAAUCCUGAAUUCAAGUAGUGUAAAGUACUUAGAACGCCCAGGAUUUAAGGAGGAUUUUUUAGAUGUUGUUUGUAAACGUUGCAUCAUGAUUGGUGCCUUUGUGUAUUGUGAAGAAUACUAAUAAUACAAUCUAGUAUUAUGUACAAAGAUACGUCAUAACCAAAGGUGGGCAUUAACUUGUUAAAAAGUUAAUUUUUUUAAACUUUUUAACUUAAAUAGUUAAUUAUUUUUGUUUUUAACUUAUUAACUUAUAUAUUCAGUUAAAAUUUUUAUUGUUGUAACUUAAUUUUUUAUAGUUAAUUAUCAUUGUCGUGCAGUUAAGUUAAUUUUCUUUUCAAGUCAUGCGUAAUCAACAAGACAAUACUGAUUUGUCGACUUUUUUCGAUUUUGGUAAUUUAUUUUCGAAUUAUGUAUUAUAAUAAUCUAAUUUUUUACACAGUAUUAAACGUCGUGGUAAAUGUUUGUGUAUAACAAAAUACUAUGACAGCUUAUGACUUAAAAAUAUUGUACCUUGAAAAAAAUUAACUUUUUUUAAACCGAGAUAAGUUAAUUUUAUUUUCUAUCUUAACUUUAAACUUAUCUAGUUAAUUUUUUUUUUGUUAACUUUAUCUUAACUGUAGGAAAUUUAAUUGAAUUAACUUAACUUGCCUCAGUUAAUUAUUUUCAUUAACUUGCCCACCUUUGAACUCAUAACUAAGUGUUGUAUUGUGGGUUGGAUAUUUACGGCGCUGCGCCGCGAUCGUCGUUUUAUAAUAUUGAAUUAAAUUAUUUUCUCAGCGUAUAACGUGUAAAAAAGAUCAAAUUUUGCAUCGUUUUAAAUUUAAAAAUACAAGUCUUACAAUCCUAUUGAGAUUUUAAAUGGCCCAAGGUUUGUUCGAAAUGAUGCACUACAUACAGACUUCAAAAUACCAACAAUCAAAAAAUACAACAAAGACCAAUCGGUUAGCUUCUUCAGUCAAUAGUAAUAAGUACUUUAUUAUUAUUGAAAAUAUAAUUUAUUUUGUAUAGUUGUAACUGUUAUGUGUAACAUAAUUAUUAUAAAAUGAAAAAUUAGUAAUCUUACUAUAUUAUCAAUGUUAUCCGAUACAUAAAUAUCGAAACGCAAAUCUAUUAUACAGGGGUAACAGAUAGAACUGACUUUUGGAAUAACUUUUGUUCUAAAUAAUAUAAUUUAUGGUCACUUGCGCUACACUUAUAUUAUACAAAAAAAUAUUUUUAUGUUUUUUAACACUAUUAUAAGAACAAUUUUGAUAAUAAAAACAUUUUUCUGAGUCAAGUAUUUUAUUUUUACAAUUUUUUAAAAUAUUAAUAUUUUUAUGAUUAAAUUAAUUUGGAACGUAAUAACUUUUUUCAAAAUAUUUUUUUUGGGAAUUUGAUGACAUGAGUAUAUUUCUUAAAUUAUUUACUAAUCAUAUAAUUUUAACAAUAAUUAUUGUCAUACUUUAAGUAGCAUAAUUUUUUUUCGUCAAGUCUUUCUGUUACACCUAAAUUUAGAUGAUUUAAUGCCAGGAAAACUUUAAAAAUAAAAUAAAUAAAUAAAAUAUAAAUUACUAGAUUUAACUAUCAAAUCGUGGUAAUGUUAUUUGGAUCUUGUGUGUAUAAUAUAAUAUAGUAUAUAUUUAUACUAUAAAAUAUAGUUACUGUUAAUAAGAGGACGCCUCACCCGCAUAUGUUGUCUCCGACUUACAAGUGUGGAACGUAGCAAAUUAUAUGCUCAGCAGAACACGUGUAGCUCCGUUAGUUAAAAAAUUACUGUGAAUUGACCUUUUAUUAUAUUUUAAUUUUAAAGCGAGUUAUGAGUAUUUUAAGAUUUACAAACAAUUUUACUCUAUGAUAUAAUCCAUAUCAUUCAUAUCAUCCAUAUUAUUGUACUAUUACAAUAAAAAAAUACAAAAUUCAAAGUAAAUGUUUAGACUUUAGAUAUUAUACGUAGAACAUAGUAUAUACAUAUAGUUUAUGUCACGAAUUAUUGUGAUUUGCGAUAUAAAUAUAAAAUAUUGUAUUUCGGUAUCAGUUUUUAGUGUCCACGUCCAUCAGGCGCCGAGGUUCCUUCUUAACGUGAACAGAGUGUAGCGUAUAGGCACCUACAAUGGCUACCAAUGGCUAUGAUCAAUAAUUAUGUUACUGCCUAAAAAAAUUCUAGGUAAUAAAAUAGGUCGAUUGUAAACUCGGCCCGGAAAUUGUAAUUAAUAAAAAAGGUCGAUUAUAAAUUCGGCCCGAUAAUUAUUUUGACCAAUAAAAUAUAAUACGCACGAUAUAAUUUAAUCUGCAAAUAAUAAGUAACUAUGUACCAUAUCUUAUCGGAACAAUUAUUAUAUAUCGGUGUGUAAUACGUCAAACACAUGGCUUUUUACUUAAAAAAAUAUAUUUAUAUUAAUAUAACCUUAUAUUAUUAAUUAUAGCACUACAGUUUUACUUAUAUUUUUACAUGGAUACAUUUGACUUAUAUUUUUUAACACUGGAAUAUAUUACUUACAUUUUUACACAAUUUUAGUGAAUUUUACAUUUAUAUAAAAAACUUUAUACUAUGAAUAAAAAUAUGAAAAGAAAAUGAAAAUAAUUGUUGGAGGAUAAUGAUAAUCGCCUCCUCGUGGUGUCCUCUGGGUAAUGCUAAAUGGUUCUCAAAAAUAUUAUACAUACAUACAUUUUUAUUCGGGCCGAGUUUACACCUAAAUAGUUUUUACCUGCAAAAAAACACGAGCCGAGUUUACAGUGGACCUUUUGAACAUUUUUUUUCCUCGGGUCGAGUUUACAAGCGCCCGUGUUAUAUAGUCUUACGUUUAUAUUAGGUACUUAAAAAAUCAAGCGCGACGGUAGUGGCACGAAGCUAUAGGUAAGUAAAAAAAAAUAGCGGAGUAGCCAUAUAUACACAUGGCGUAUACCUAGACAUAAAACUAAUUACGUAGGUACUUAAAAUUUGUCACCGAAUGAUGUCGGAUAAUUAAUCACACAUUAUAUAUACACACGAAAUAUAGUAGAUGGGUACUAGGUAUACGUACCUACCGUGAGUUGUUAUCCACAAGGUGCGAUAUUACGACUCCGUUGGAUUUAAUGACAACUAUUAAAAGUUAAGGAUGACGACGAAUUAAAUUAGACACUAAUUUAUAGUACUAAAACUGAAAUAUUAUGUAUAUAAUAUAGACCACGAUAAUCAUGCUUAUUUGUUUUUCCCGUCUACGUAUUGUAAUAUUACAAUUACAAUACGAUAUUACAUUAUUUUGAGUCUCGGUAUUAUUUCAAUAUAACGUAUUCGGAUAUUCGGUAUUCAACUCGUGGUGUGCUACUAAUACCGCUACUUUAUACACUUUUAAUUAAUAAUUUAUUAAUAAUAAUAAUUGUAUAAUAUUAUUAUGUUAUAUAUGUUUAAGAUAGGUACCUAAUAAGUAUAUUGCAUAGUGCAUACGUACCUUACCUAUAUAGAUUAAAACACAAUAUAUUGCUUAGCAUACUAUUAUAAUAAAUACCUAGUUAUUAUAAUAUACUGUGUUAAUCAUUAAAUCGAAAUGAGAAAAAUACUGAUUGUGUUAGGUAUAGCUGUGUGCUGUGUAGCCUCUUUUCUCACAACGCAAAAUUUAUUGUUGUAUUAU